AUGCCUAAUCUAGGAAUGCUGCAGCGACUGUUUGCUGUGCUGGCAUUUCUACAACUUUCAUUCGUACAAACCUUUACACUUGGGCCAGGUGACAGAUGUCCUCCAGUUCAAGAAUGUCCAUCGAUUCCUGCUGCCUGUUUGGCUUACCUUAAUCAACGACAAGCCUUCCUUCAAACACGGCUUCCUAUAGUACCGCAAAAUUCUGGUUUUAUUCCACAUCAAACACUCCUAAAUGGCAUACAACCACCAACACCACUUGAUCAGGGUUUACACCCGCAACUACCAUCACCACCUUCACCGCCACCGCCACCGCCACCACCGCCACGAGUAUCGCCACCAAUGCCGACAUACUUCCAACCAGUGCCACCGACCUACACACCAUUAAACCGGGUGAAUAUUGUUGAUAAUCCUUUGCCAAAUGGUAUUGCUGCCAAUAAUCUUUUACCUCAUCCAAUACCUUCUGGAGUCAGAUUACCGACAGGCCUAGAACACGGCGUAGCACCAACCUUUCAACAAAAUAGGUAACA